AUGCAGGGAUCUCUGUUUCGUCGUCUUCCAGAUGAAAUUGGGUGGGAAUGUCUGGUGAGGGUGGAGUUGAACUCUCAUCAUAAUCUUAGAUGUGUCUGCAAAAGCUGGAACGCCGCACUGAAAAGCCCCCAGUUUUAUCAAGAAAGAAAAAAAUUGCAGAUUUCAGAGAAACGGAUUUGUGUGCUCCAGAAAAUGGACAGCAAUUGGAAGAGAGUAGUGGUGUACGACCUGGAGAAGAACUCCUACAAAAGUCUACCGCCCAUUCCCGCUCAAAUUUACGGCAACUGUCACUGCCAUGUCGUGAAACAAAAACUGGUUUUGAUUGGGGAUAUCUUUCGCUUCGGUGGAGGAAAUUGUUUAUUGUUGUAUGAUUUUGCUUGUUCCAAAUGGCGGGAGGGUGCCGCAAUGCCGGAAUGGAAGGAUGAAUUUGCCUCCGCAGUGGACGAGGAGAGGGGACUUAUUUAUGUGGGUGGAGGGUUUCACUGCAAAUAUCCCGUCGCUAGCGCUUCAGUUUACAAUGUGGAGGAGGACAGGUGGGAUCUCCUCCCCGAUAUGAACACCUGUAUGGACGACUUUACAGGUGCUUUUGCUGACGGCAAGUUUUAUGUAAUGGGCGACGGCCAUUACUGCCGCACCAUUGAGGUUUUUGAUUCCUACACGAGAAGCUGGAAAACUAUGGAGAACAGAUUUAGAAGUGUGAGUAUGUGCUUCGUAAGUGCGUUUGAGCGCUUGUACUGCUUUUUUGGUAUGGGAUUGAUCGAAUAUGACUAUAGACAAGAUAAAUUGAACAUUGUAGAGACUUUUCCGACGGAGAAUUGGCACGUAUCUAUUGAUUUCACUGUAGCGGUUGGCCAUAACAUCUUUAUUUGCAGAUGGGAUCUUAUUCAAGGUGAAACGUUUUAUCUGCUCACACCUCCAAGUGAGAGAGGAGGAGGAGGAGCAUUCAAGUGGACUAGCAUUGAGAGACCAUUAGGCUCCCAGGGUUACGCUAUAAAUGCUGCUACCUUGGAUCUUUGA